CUGACUGACUGCACACAGCAGAGCGUGAGGCCAUUAGCUUACUGCUUCACUGCCCCGUGCUAGCUGACACACACUCGCUGACUGCCACUCACCCUGACACAUACUGACACACUCUCACUGCUUCUCUCUCUCUCUCUGUCUUUCUGUCACAAACACACGCCGCCUCUCUCCCUCCCAUACUCACUUACUCACUCACUCCCUCUCUUUCUCUCUCAGUAUCACACACUCACGCAUACACACACACACACACACACGCAUAGAGUCAGUCACCAACCCUCAUUCAACUCCCUCUCAGGAGCGGGCCAGCAGCUCAGACAGGCACCUUGUUCCUAUCCAGCUGGAAAGAGCAGAGCAGCGUGAGGUGCACACACACACACACACACACACGCACACACACACACUCACAUACUCACUGAGACACACACAUUGAUACACACCCACACAGACAAACAAAUACUCACACACUUACACGCGCAUCCUCAUACUUAUUUGUGGACCGGGAAAGAAGAAGGAGGAGGACAAACUGAGAGGCAAGGAGCGAGAUUAAAGUCUUCUAAACUGAACUUCUAAAGCUGGAUUCACAGAAUAACAACGCUUAAUGAAAGGACUGGACAAAGAGAAUCAAAAACAAGACUGAAGAUGACAACUGGAGAAACAAGCUUGUUGCUGUAGGAGGCCUGCAGAGUGGAGACUGGUGGCAUUGGUGACAUCCAGAGGAUCUGCAGUGAGUGCCAUUUCCCUCCCUUCUCUCUCCAGGACUCCCACCCUCUUGUCAUCCCUCCACUGGGACAUCUCCUGAUCAUCAGCAUGCCUACAGCUUGCACAAGGUGCACCUUGGGAGUCUGACCCACCAUGUGCAGAUGGACGCCGUCCGUAGCUCAUCUCUGUCCUGAACCUGCCCUUGGCACCACCACUACCACAGCCUCUGCCGAGCGACUUCUCCCUCUGCCCAGUGCAGCUUCCCUUUGCCUGGCAUGCUUCACCUUGCUCCUGGUCACCGCUGGCACUGCCACAGGGGUCUGUCCUCCUGGGGUAGGGCAUGAACCCCUUCAGGUCCUCGCAAGUGGCAUCAACUGUUCAUGGACAUUGGAAAGGCACACUCGCAGUUACAAUCACCUAGAGGGCGAUGUCCGACUACGGCGACUUUACUCUGCCAACAAGUUCUUCCUGUGCAUUGACAAAACAGGCAAGGUGGACGGCACUCGGCGGAAAAACUACGCAGACAGCCUGAUGGAAAUCCGAUCUGUCAGUGUGGGAGUUGUUGCCAUCAAAUCUGUCAGCACCGGGCUGUACUUAGCUAUGUCCAAGAAAGGCACGCUCUUUGGAUCGGUGAAGUACAACCCAAGCUGCAAGUUCAAGGAACGCAUUGAGGAGAACGGCUACAACACGUACGCCUCCCUCCGCUGGAAGCAUGGCGGCAGGCAGAUGUUUGUCUCACUGAACGGACGGGGGAAGCCACGGCGAGGUCACAAGGCUCGGCGAAGACACCCAUCUACUCAUUUCCUGCCUAUGCUCCCAUCCUAGCUGCCCAAGUCUGAACUCUGACCGGCAACUGGCUGGCUCAUCUGUCUCCUCAUACUAGUGUUGAUCUAGCCGUGACGGCGAUCUUUAUUUUUAUUAUUCCAUCCUCCUGUCACAUAAAUGUACAUUUGUUGAGGUCUGUAACAUUUGUAGAGUUAGUAUAAUAUGUACUUUUAAGUUAUUUUCUUCAUUUUCUAAUGAUGUAAUGUCCAGUACAGUAGAAUUAUACUAUCUUCAGGCAUCUGUCUGGCUACAGUAUACGUCUGUGUGUCUGAAAUUCAUGUAAAGUGGUGUUUGGGUAACUUUAUGAGGCUGUAAGAGGACUGAAAAGGGACAGCAAGGCUUGGAAACAAAAUGUGACUCACUGGUUUGUUAUUUACCCUAUUUCAUCCGGUACAGAAAUUAUACUUAUUUGAAGUGGCAAGUAUCAUAAUUAAAACAAAUAAGAGGCAACUUUGAGAUUGCUACAAAUCAGGGUCAUAGUUACCAUUGAGGACACUGAGGUAUUGUCCUUGGUAUUUUGGGGGGCUUAAGCAAUGCGGAGGUGGGGGUAAGUUCACACUCUGCAUUAAAAACGUACAUAUAUUGGGUAGUUCAUGAGCUGAUUCCAGUAUUUUUAGUCUUAAUACUGUAUAUUUAGCCUUACAAAAAAGCACAUGUGAAUUUAUCAUAAUGUUAAACAAAAUUUCUUAAACAUGUAUAAAGCACCAUGUCACAUAUUAAAAAAAAAAAUCCCCAUAUCAAUUGAUUUUCAGGUAUCUCACAACUGAAACAUUUAAUAUUACAUGUGCAACACAGUUUCACAAAUGAUAAAUUCACAUAGUAGCACAUGUAGUCAUAUAUGGGUUUUGACAUUUCACAUGUGAAACGUAAUAUGAGAAAUGCAAAUUUCACAUUAGCUAUUUUUUAAGGCUAAAUCUAAUGACAUUUAGGCCGAGAAAAAAUAAAAAUAAAUGAAUAUUAAAAAACUGGUAUUUCAUUACCUCAUUACCUCAGUAUUUAUAAAAUCCUGGCUAUGGCCACAGUAUAAACCUAACAUCGUCACUGUUGCCUGGGAUAUAGACUGACACAACUGGAUAAGAUGGGAUGAAAAUCUCCACUGACUCAUUGAUAAAUGAACCGUUCUGUCUGUAUAUGUCUAUAUAUACAUGUUUGUGACAAGCACACAACAGAGACUAAGCUAACUACUGGGAUAACAUGCUGGAUCUCCUGCAAUGACCUUUGUAUGUUUGUGCGUGCUUCUGUCAGACUGCUUCUCCCAUCCAACGACCCACUGCUAAUAGGUUAGAAAUCAGUAUCUCUGAUUCUUGAGCCUUAGUUCAGUCGUGAAAUAAUUAAUAUAAGUUUUGAGUCAUUUAAUGCAUUAUAAUGGCUGUAGGUACGCCAGACAUCACAUAGUAGCAACUUCAUUCAUUUUGUACACCAUAGUAAACGGUUAUUACAUGCUGGCUCUCUGUCAAUUCUUGCUAACAUUUUCUCAACAACAAAGCUGUUGCUAAUAGAACAUUUAAUAUAUUUAAAACAUUUUGUACUCUUUAACUGUUUGAGGUUGAUGUUUACUGUUAUUGUUGACUUUUUGUGUUGGAUUGUAGUCCUACUGUUUAAAAAAAAAGGGAUAAAGUAAUCGUAUUCAAUUCCAUAUUCAACUCAUUUUGUAUGGUAUUACUACAGGACAUUGGUACAUUUGUGAUCCAUUUAUCAUAAACUACUUUUCUGGUUAUAGGCCAGUAAUAGCAAGUUGUACAUAAGGCCAAAGUCUCAGAACAAAAAGCAUCUCUAGAUUCAUUUCAACAAAGUAAAAUCAUUUGAGUGCCUUGGUCCAUACUGAGUUUGGUAAACUUCAAUAAAAAAUGUGGAUAAA